AUGCCGCACCGUAUAAUAUUAUUAAGCCGCUUUGUUGCCGUAUCAGUACACAUUGAGAACAUUUUUUUUCUUCGUAUGGGAAAAAGAAAGAUUGUUUCCUGUGCUCCCUGCAGAGUACAACGCAAGAAAUGCGCAGAAGAAUGCAUUUUGGCUCCUUAUUUUCCUCCCGAUGAUCCAGACAAGUUCGCAAUCGUGCAGAGAGUGUUUGGAACCGGCCAUAUCAUUAAACUUCUUCAAGUAAGUUUUAGCUGUGCCCUAGUUCUUAAUGAUGGUACUUCUGAAAUUCAUGGUUUUGGUGUGCUGUUGGUUCAGGGUUUGGAGGCUGAGAAAAGAGCAGAUGCAGUGAAUAGCAUUGUGUAUGAAGCGAGUGCAAGGCUGAAGGACCCCGUGCAUGGGUGUGCAAAAGAAAUUGAUCAGCUCCAGAAGCAAAUUGCCGGUCUGGAAUCCCAAUUGGCGGUGAAACAAGCAGAACUAAAGGAUAUGAGGUCGGAAUAUGAUAAUCUUGUAUUGCUUGUGGGUACUGCAUCUCUUGAUUCUCAACUUGUUCAAUAUCCAACAUUUUCUGCACCACAACCAAGGGAAGAUGGCAUGUAUGACGAGGUGGAUCCCUUGUUGUCCUGGGGGCUGCUAUGGGAGGAAUAG